AGUUCAGAGUUCAUAAGGAGCGACCACUCGGACCAGUGUUUCCGUGUUUCCAUCUCGCUCUAUAUUCUCUUUCUUAGAAGCGUCUGAGUACUGUUUAGGAGUUGUUGAGAAAGAAAAGGAGAGUUGUUAAUUGUUUCUUCUCUAAUCUCUAUCUAUUGGUAAAAGCUUGAUUCGAGUGAGAAGGAUGAGAUUAAAAGAGGAAGAAGGAGAAGGAAAAGAGUCGUCUACUUCCCUCUGUUCCCUGUUAGAAGAAAUUUGUUUGGGAAGAAUGAGAGAAAAGGAACGAACUGAGUCGGAGUCUCUGCUACCGAGUCUCGAUGGUGUGGAAGAUAUUUUGCGUUACAAGUUUAAUAACAGGAGCCUAUUAGAAGAAGCAUUCAUCCACCCUUCGUACCACUAUCCAGAGAAGCCGUGUGUAUCCUACGAGCGGCUGGAGUAUGUGGGAGACUCCGUGCUCAACUUGCUAAUGGCGAAAGAGCUGUUUCUGUUGUAUCCCGACCUAUCGCCGGGGCCGUUAACAAAGCUACGAGCGGCGAACGUCGACAACGAAAAGCUUGCACGGGUGGCGAUCAAGCACGGAUUUCAUCGCUAUAUACGCCACAAAUCGCCUUCUCUCGAGGAACAAAUCCGAGAGUUCAAUGAGGCAAUUUUGGCAUACCCAGUACACUCCAAUGGCCUUAUUGACACACCCAAGUUCCUUGCAGAUAUCGUCGAGUCUGCAAUUGGGGCUGUUUAUCUUGACAGUAAUUUCUCCCUGGACAGUGUGUGGAAGGUGUUCAAGGGUUUGCUGGAGCCGAUGAUUAGUCCACAGACAUUAGGUAUGCAUCCAAUGACGGAGCUCAUGGAGCUAUGUCAAAAGAAAGGAAUGCGGGUACGGUUCGUGGAUGCGUGGCAACAAAAUACAACCAUCGAUGUUUUAGUCGAUGGCAUUUUGGUCGGGAGUGCCAACUACAGCUUAAAGAAAGAAAUUGCCCAAAACCGUGCUGCCAAGGCUGCCCUGGACAACCUCAAACGUACAUUAUUGAAUUAGCUCAAAUAACCACCAAACUCACCGUAUAAUAUUGCAUCCCCCAUUUGAAUCUGUUUUGUUUUGUUUUGUUUGUUUUUUUUUUUUUUCAUGUCCUUUAGGGAACAAAAGAAGAAUUUGAUGAAA